AUGAAGGGGUUGUUCCCCGGCGCAACCCGCCGACUUUCUUUUGUCCAGGUCUGGCUGCAAGAUGGAAGCGAGGUCGGUGUCGAAGGCUAUGGCCUCCCCUUUAGCAACCCUAGCCACCCUAGCGAAGGGUGGCUUAAUAGGCUGGAACCGAUUGUCGGAGACAAGACGCUGGUCGACAUUAUUGACCAGAGACACUUCACAUUUGUUGUUCACAAGCCAUGCGAUGUGUUGCGACGUGAUUGGCACGAAAACGAAAUGCCGCCACCAUUCUGUUACCCGUAUGGUACAGUUCACGACUGGGACCUCGAGCGGUUCGACAGCCUCAUCUGCAGCAACCAAGGAUACCAAUUUUGGCCCUCGUGGUCGUUCGACGACCAGAAUGCACACACCGCAGCAUUGGUUCACUCUCAAGUUCAGGACAUCCGGUGGCUAUGCCAUGCAGCCGAACAGAUCGUGCAGCAGCGGUUCCUGGCCUGUUUCGUGACGACCAAGGACGGCGAGAACGUUGGGGACAAGACACCUAGCUCCUUUGCCAUUGUUUCGCUGACGAGCGAGUUCCUCAAUCGGUACGACACCCCCUGGCGCCACCUCAUUCGGGAUGGGUUUCUCAAACUUGAGCUCUACAACAACCCUGAGGAUGGAAGGCACACAUCAGUUUGCGACGCCAAGAUCGUGGACCGUCCGACAAAAAUUGAUGCCGUCAGGUCUGCCCACGCUACCAAAAAUGAGUUGGUAUUGCAGAUACGCCGCAGAUACACGGCAGCGAAUGAACUCGAGUUUCGCAUGAGUCUUCAGCGGGCGCUAGUUCUCGGGUCAGGUUUCUGGUCAGUCUUGCGAAGAUUCAAGGCUGCCCCUGCAUCGUCACGCAAGGCCAGUGAAGGCCUUGAAGCCAGCACAGCUAAGUUGAGCCUUGACGAGUCUGUACCGGUCACUCUGCCUUGCGUCCCAGAGGUAAAUCUGUUGGACAUUCGAGAUCCGGCGAUGUUGGACGCUUUGAUGGCGGAGGUUCUUCCUACCGACCGUCCGCGUUUUAGACAAUAUUUCUCAAAGAGAGCAUUGGGCAUUGGCCUCAUGACAGCGGUAGAAACUCUUGGACCCAUUUUCGCGAGCGCCCCAACCAAUGUUGCUGUCAAUACCUUUGCCACCAGACUUUACGCCGUCAGCUCCGGAGUCGUCGACCGAUACAACAAAGGCAAGCGCGAGAAGAAUCGCAUCCGGCGCAAGCUCGUUAUCAGAGGUCAUAACGAGGAGGAGCACGAGGCCUUCCAACGCUUGCUGCAACACCCUGAUGGUGCCGGCGAUGCAGGUUCCCGCCUCUGGAAGAAACCAGGGGCGUGGAGCCUGCAUCUGUCCAAGGCCUACUGGCUUUUGGCUUGCCUGCGCUCACCGGCGGUCUCUGACUUGCACCCCAAUGACAGCUUUGCUCUGCAUCGAUUGCGAAGAGACCUAGACGCGGACCACAAGUUUGCUAGGCUCCGUAGCGUCGCCUCUGGUGCAAUCAGCUGGGAAGACUAUAUCAGCGGCAGGAUGGCUGCAGACAUUGUCUGCGGCACACCAGCCCAGUCUUGCGGAAAGCUCUAUCACGACUGGAAGAACACCAAAGCCAAGGGCUUCGCCAUUGAUGAGGCUGCCAGCAUGACUCGCCCCGACUUGUACUCAGUGUGGGGAAAUACCAUGAUGCCAUGUAUUCUGGCAGGCGACGAGAAACAGCUUCCACCAGCUGUAAUGACCCUUGAUGAGAAAGACUCGCAAGGCAACGCCAUAAACCGUCUUGGUCGUGAGGCUCGGAUAUCGCCGCUCGAGUUCUUCAUGGGACUUGGCAUGCCCGUGUACCGC